CGUUGUUAUUACAUUAUUACCAAACCGGCUCUUACAUUAUUUUUGUGGGCAACUCUAUCUGAUUUUAAACGCUGACCAAAAUCAAUCUCGUGUCUCGUCAUCUUGGAGUCAAAACAGCAAAGAUUCACAACCAAUUUAACUCCUCCGGCCAGUCACCGCUGCGGCCACCGUCCCCCGCCUCCGUCAGCCUGUCCACUGCCCAUGUAAAACUACAACUGCUAUCUUACGUCUCCCAGACGGCCAGACGCCAUCUCCAAUGGACUCACAAAAGCUCCCCAAUUGCCAACCAAUGCGAGUCCUCAUUCGAUCCCCAACCCCAGCCCCUGCACAUGGCUCUAACCCUCCUUUACCCACCUCGCUUCCUCAUCGGCUAAACGGAGUUGCAGUUGUGGGAUUCAUCGGGAAGCGUCAGGCCGAUGUCACGGGCUUAAUCAACAGAAUUAUCGACUCCAAUGUCUUCGGUUCGGGGGGUCUAGACAGGCCGUUUCGCAUCGACAGAUUGGAAAUUGGCGAAGAAGUUCAGAGCUGGUUCAGGUCAAGGGAUAUCAGCUAUUACCAUGAUGACGAAAAGGGGAUUUUGUACUUACAGUUCUCGUCGACCAGAUGUCCUGCGAUGGAGGUGGAUACGGAAUCUCGUAUGGGUUUCGAUUCCAUAUUCGAGGACUAUGAGUUCGGAGAUCUUCAGGCUAUGCUCUUUAUCUUCUCUGUUUGCCAUGUAGUAAUUUUUAUUCAAGAAGGAUCACAUUUUGACACCCAAACACUUAAGAAAUUCCGCACUCUGCAAGCUGCCAAAAAUGCAAUGAGUCCAUAUGUUAAGUCACUAACUAUGCCACCAUCAUCAUCUGGCUCCCGUUUCUCAUCUCCGUCACGGAUUCCUAGAUCAGAAACACUGUGUAACAAUUACUCCCAUCUUGAUAGCCGAGGUGCUUUGAGUCGCAAUACUUCGGCCACAACAUCAAUGCCAGGAUUAGGUUCAUAUGCCUCUUUAUUACCAGGGCAAUGUACUCCAGUUACACUUUUUGUUUACCUUGAUGAAUUCUUAGAUAAUAUUCCUGGUUCUAGUGUUGAGAAGCCAAUAGAGGUUCCAUCUCUUGACCAAUCACCAAACAUGAGUAGUUCCCUCAGGCCAAACUUUCCUACAAAAGGACCUGGUUCAGUAGUUGUGCUUGCACGCCCUGUUAAUGAAUCUGAAGGUGGGUCAGGAAAGAAACUGCAAUCAUCCCUUGAGGCACAAAUCCGGUUCUCAAUAAAAAAAAGUCGGAUACUCUCAGGAUCCGAUAACAGUUAUAGAGGAAGGAAUGCUGCUUUGUCUAACUCAGUUCCUUUGUUCUCCCUCGAUGCUUCAAAAGCGGUUGUGCUUGUUGAUAUAUCUUCAAUUCAGAAAGGUGAAGCACUUGAGUAUGCUUCCAGCAUUGUUGAAGAUAUUCUAUGUGGAAAGGCGUCUUCAGAUGCUCUUUUGGUUGAAUGCCACAAUCGCAGUGCUACCAAAGAAGACAUUCUGUCUGUUAAGGAGUUCAUCUGCAGACAGUUGGGUAUAUUAAGAGGAAGGGGGAGCAUUGUUUCUAAUACCAGUAGUAGUUCAGCUACCGGCAUAGGCAUGGUUGCUGCAGCUGCAGCUGCCGCUGCCGCCUCUGCUUCUGCUGCUUCUGGAAGAAUUUUCACCACUCCAGAACUACCAUGUCUGGACAUCUGGUUUUCUUCUAGUCAACUUAUUUUGCAUGCAAUCCUCUCCUCUCAGCAUGAAUGUAUAGAUAAAAAGGAAAUCAUUAAGGUGAAACCCCGUCGGCAGAAUUCUGUUUCACCACCAAUUAAAGGCAUUGCAUCAAAAGUGAGUGAUCCUCUUGAAACGGCAGUUUAUUAUUUAUCAAGUGGUAGAGGACUGAACACCAGAUUUUCUACUUUAUGGUGCCAAAAGGCCCUUUCGGCAGCCAAGGAGGUGUAUUUGAACAGUCUGCCUCCAUGCUACUCGACUUCUCAACAUGUUGCCCAUUUGGAGAGUGCUCUUUCUGCUUUUCGGUCAAUGGUCAAAGGACCCGCUGUACAUCUGUACACACAAAAAUUAGAAGACCAAUGCACAUCCAUAUGGAGUUCUGGAAGACAGCUAUGUGAUGCGGUCAGUCUUACAGGAAAACCAUGUAUGCAUCCUAGACACAAUGAUGAAACUGACACUCAACAUUCUAGCGGAUUUGUUUUCCUUCACGCCUGUGCGUGUGGCCGUUCAAGACGGCUGAGAUCAGAUCCUUUUGAUUUUGAAACAGCUAAUGUCACUUUUAACUGUUCUAUGGAUUGUGAUAAGCUACUUCCCAUGCUCCAGCCUCCUCGUGGAAGUGUGAUUGGCCCUGUUCAGCAUUCUUCUUGGAAUUUAGUUCGAGUUGGGAACGCUCGGUAUUAUCAACCAUCUAAAGGGUUAAUCCAGAGUGGCUUUAGUGCCACUCAUAAGUUUCUCUCUAAGUGGUCUGUCCUGCUUGAGAAACCAAAAAUAUUAAAUGCUUCACUUCAAAAGAAUUUUCCAGUAGUCUCUUCCCACCCGUUUCAUAGUAAAUCCAAGAAUGGUUUUAAUGCAGACGCAAUGGAUGACCAGAUUGAUGCUACAAGGUUGCAUGAUAAUGAAAUGCAAGGAGAAGCGAGGAUACAGAGAAAGUCUUCUCUAUGUGAUAUUAAAGGUGAAGAUAUGACUAACUACAUUGGUAAAAAACAUUCCAACUUUACUAUGAGGAAACCUUUCUCUGAGGUGGUUGCUGGAUCAUCGAGUUCAGGUUCAGCAUUCCCUCCUCUCCAGUCAAAAAUGCAUCCUCAGCAGUCUUUUGUGGGUAUUAAACAACAAAGUGCUAAAGACAGAAACAGAGAAAAGGUUAAUGAAAUCAGUGCUGGUCAAGAAUCUGAAAAAGUAAGAGUUACUCUUGCCAUUGAUAAAGCUGUGAUUGGUAAUGUUGCUCUUUCUAAUGGAUCAGGUAAAGCCAAUCCGUUUUCGGAAAGUGGUACAUUUUCAAUGCAUAUUAACAGCGCUUCAGAAGUUAAAACAGUUACCUCUUUGAAACAUGCAAACGUCUACUUUGGAUUUGAACACGAAUGUCCUCAUGGGCACCGGUUUAUAUUAUCUUCAGAGCAUCUUAAUGAACUUGGCGCUCCGUAUUUGGUCACUGAAGAAUCCCCUGCUACAUUUGACCGUGAAGAAAACCAUAAAAUGGCAGAACCUCCCAGAGUGGGUAAGAGUGGAGGUCAUGGUAAAAGCCUCCGUCAAUUGAAUGGAAUAAUUUCUUCUCCAUCUAGUCGGGCUAGGAACUUGGAGAAGUCAAAAGAGAGAACAUAUAAUGGCUAUGGUUAUGUGGAUGGACCGAUGCAUUCUUCCAAGCCUCCCAAAGAACAAACUAGUACCAUAAAAGGUUCUGCACUUGGAAAAGAUCUUGAUCCUGGCCUUCAACCUCACAGUCUUUCUGGUGCUUCCUCCACUUUAUCCUUGCUGGAUAGAAACUUGCCACUAUACAUGAACUGUCCGCACUGUGUGGAGUCCAAAAAUAAGAAUGACGAGACGGACACUAAAUUUGCAGGCAGUGUUUCACAGCUUCAGAGGAUUUUUGUGGUUACACCUCCUUUUCCUGUUGUCCUAGUAGCAUGCCCAGUUAUACAGUUUGAGGUAUCUUGCCUUCCCCCAUCUAUCCCAGACCGCGAAACAAAAUUGCAGUUUAGCCUAAGCUGUCCGGUGGUUUUGGCCCCAGAUAGUUUCCUAUCGCUUAGGCUUCCAUUUGUUUAUGGUGUACAAUUGGAGGAUGGAACUUUGCAUCCUCUAAAGCCUUUUGAACACCAACCUCAACUUACUGCCUGGAUUACCAGUAGCACUACAUUGAAGUUUGUCUCCAAUGAUAGCAAUUGCGAGGAAGGAUUUCAGACAUAGUUAAUGGACUUUGAGCAUGUGUGAUGAUGAUGCAUUCCAACUAUGAAUUUGAAGAUUAUUGUAUAAAGCCUCUACUGCUGGUAAACAUUUGUGAAGUCAGAUUUAUUGGCUAAGAGUUUGAUGAUUACAAAACUGAUGAGUUUUGCAGUAGAUGGAAGCUGCAUUUUCUACUUUAACCACUAUGCCGGGUUCUUCACGACCUAGUUGGAAGUCAACAGAAUUGACGAUGGCCAAUUUGCCACACUUCAGAAGGCUUUUCAAUGACCAGGUAGACAGACCCCCUCACCACCAUUUAAAAGUCAAGCAUGAAUGUGGCAUUUCCAGAGUUCGACAUUUGAUUGUGGUGAUGCUAGCAUUCGCUUCAAUUGAGCUGAUGUCUUAUUCCAGCUGUUAGUGGACUGUGUUGCUUGAUAAGAAGACUCACUCAUUUUCAGUGGAUGGGUGGACCCCAGAAGUUCUGCCUCUAGCAAAGAGUCGCUAGAAGUGUGCUCAUCAAGGCAAGAUGGUAGCAGCAACUCUCCAGGGUGGAAUCACUAAAAGUGUGUUCUUCAAGUCAAGAUCGGACCAAACAACUAAUCAUAAUCAUAAACUGCUACAUUGUGGUUCUUCUUGUGCAUCAGUCCAUUUCUUUCAAAUCAGUGUUCCUAGUUGGAUAAGGUCCACCUAUUAAAGUAUUAUGACCUUUUCACUUUUUAUCAAUACACACACCACUUACUCUUGUUAAACACUGUAUCCAAUGAAAUUGGAACAGGAGGGAGUAGAUUGUUGUCAGGAGAUCCCUCCAACUCUUGAGAUUGGCUUAGCCAAUUGCCUCUUGUUGUUAGCCAUGUCAG